CAUGCAGCGACCAACAAAAUGUUCUACGGAGUACUUUGUUAGCUGAUCACUCUGAAUCUUGAUAGAACAGCGCACACAAGCUGGUCUUAGGGUCCAGAGCAAAGCGGCAUCAGAAGAAGAAAAAGAAGAAAGCCGUACCCCGCGACGCUGUACAAAUUACGGCCGUGUCUCCCAGCUUGGCUCAUUCUGCAUCCUGCACACUCAAAAUCGCAAGCAGCAUUCGCUUCCCCUCUGCUGCCUCCACCCCAUCUCCGUCUCUCCUCCGGAUGGCGCCGCAGCAGAAGGUGGUCGUGAAGGUCUCUUCUAUGAGCGACGAGAGGGUGAAGCAGAAGGCCAUGGAAACCGUUGCAGACAUCUAUGCAGGUAUCGACUCAAUAGCCGCGGACCACAAGGAUCAGAAGAUGACGGUGAUAGGUGAUAUGGACAGCGUCGUGAUCGCCAAGAAGCUGCGGAAGUUCGGGAGGAUCGACAUCCUGUCCGUUGGGCCGGCGAAAGAAGAGAAGAAGGAUGAUAAGAAAGGGGAGAAGAAGUGAUCAAACUUGGUGUUUCUGUUCCAUGUUCUGUCCCGUCGAUAUCUCUCUUGCUCUCAUAUUUGAGAACGAACAUACUGAGUUUUUUGGCUUCUUGCUCUGUAGCCUAAGUUCAGUUAUCUGGGGUACCUGCAGAUGUAUUUACAGAGUAGUAAACCAUUCAAAAUUUAACCAGAGGUAAAAUGCUACCUGCACAAUUGUUCACCAAAAA